AUGGACCGUAUGCUCGCGGCCGGAAAAUACACGCCAACCAUGAUGGCCGUGAAUAACCUUCGGGUUCAGCUUCCGUGCUCAGACGACCAGUUCUUGUUUGUCCACAAUGUUCAAACGCCUUUCUUGAACUCAGAUUGGUUAAAGCCCAAAUAUGCAGAGCAACAUCCAUCUAUCAAUGACGACGGAGUAUUGAGUAGAUACAUUCGACUGGCUGAAAUCUUUGGGAGACUAUCUAAGUGGAGUUAUGCUGGAGGCCGGAGGACCGAGAAACAUCCUCCUUGGGAUGAGGCUACUGAAUUCUUCAGGCUGCGCCAUGAGUUGCAGAAAUUCCAUGACGCAUUGCCAUCAAAUCUCACAUUGACGGAGGCCAAUCUGUCCGCCCACAUCGAGAAACGGAAUGCAACUACAUAUGCUUCUCUGCACACUCUCUAUUCCCUCUGCCUCAUCAUGUUACACCGGGAGUACAUACCAUUCAUACCGCUUCGCUGCAAUAAGCCUUCUGGUCCAUUGGAUGAGCCCACAUUCCCCGGAGAAAAGUUUGAUAUCCCAUUUGGAUUCUGGGAAGAAAGCGCCGAUCAAAUAAUGAAGGCAUCGAGAGACAUUAUCGACAUUGUCUCUACUUGCCAAGACAAUAAUUUCCUUCCCGAAUCACCUCAACUCGGCUUCGCAGUAUGGCAAGCAGCCUUCGUCUGUCUUUAUGCGACAUAUUUCCCCCAGAUGGACGAGCAGCAUCAUUUUAUUCCGAGAGACACCCUCUCUCCUAGCCCCGAUAUCAAUGUCAAUUCGAAUAAAGGCCUGGCAGGCCGCACUAAGAAGAUUCUUAGUGACAUGGUGCCACGACUAAGGAUGAAAGAGUUGAAGGAAUUCGGCCCCAGGGAUCCGGAUCAGACCAGCGUAUCUGAUGGCUCCGACACGGUCAAUGAGGCACCCUCUCGAGCCAGCACGAAUGAUAUCCCAGGAAACAGUAUCAACGGAGAGCCAAUGCAAGUUGUGGAGGCCGCUCGCCAGAGACUGAAUGGCGUUUGUACUGCCGUCGAGGCAGACGAACUACCAAAAUACGGUCAUGGGCCUUACCCAUAUGGGCCUCCUUACCAGCAGUUCCCCAACCAACUCUCCAACGCACCGUCUCUCAUUUCUGCAUCCAACGGCGACUAA